AUGACCACUAGUGCACAAUAUGACCGUCAAAUUGAGUCUAACCAAGCGUCACAGAAGCAUGGCUUCUUCGGUCGUCCGAGGAGCAUUUUCAACUUCACAACAAAAGCGCAUCUGCCCGUUCUAUUGCCGGCCCUCAUCCUCUCAGCCGCUGCAGGAUGUCUACAACCAGCAAUGGCAUUCUUUUUUGGACAAUUCUUCGACACUUUCUCGGACUUUGCCGCAGGGAAAGCUGACGGCUCAAUCUUCAUGAAUCGCUCUCUAGGCAGUCUGUAUGCGCUCCUGGGAGUGGCAGGCGCCACGUUUCUCUUCAAGUGCAUCCUUUUUAGCCUCUGGCUGGUAUUCGGCGAGAUGCAAGCAAGGAGCAUUCGUGAGUUGCUCUUCCAGUCUCUGCUCGAUCGUGAAAUAGGCUGGUACGAUGCACGAACAGCCGGAGUAGGGACGUACUUGACCAGGUUUCAGAGGUACGGCGUGCCGAACGUGAUCGGCCCUUUCUCUAAUGAUAUCAGACAGAUCCGUGAACUGCAGCUAGGGACCUCUCAACCUUUGGGGUUCAUCAUCGUAUGCAUGGUUCAGGCAUUGGCUGGACUUAUCCUCGCUAUGGUCACAAACUGGAAGUUGACUUUGGUUGUGCUCUCAGCUAUACCUAUCAUUGCUGUUGGCAGCACCAUCAUUUCUCGACGUGUACAGGCAAACAUCGACCACCAGGAAGAAAAGUUAACCAUCGCAACCAGCUUGGCCAACAAGUGUGUCACAAACAUUGUGACCGUGAAGUGUUUCAACACCCAAGGCCAAGAAGGAAAUGACUACGCUUCCGCCGUCGGGGCAGCUGGCGUGUUCUCCUUGAAGCAGGCCUUUUCUACGGCGUUACAAACUGGGUUUGUGCGUUUUACUACGACCACAAUGGUGAUUACGACAUUUUGGGCCUGUCUCAUAGCCACGAAGGCGCUCGAGGACAUGUUGCCGCAUUGUAUCAUCAUUCAGCGGAGCCAUUCGUCAGCCCUGGCUUUGGAAGCAAUGAUGGAUAAAGUCAAUGACGGGCAGCGACAAUUACGACACUUGGGUGGAUUAUCGCCGCGAUUUUGCGAAGGGAACAUCGAAAUCCGGGCGGUCUCCUUUGCUUACCCUUCGAGACCAACGUCCCUCGCUCUGGACCACUGCACAUUCUAUUUUCCUGCGGGGCACACCACAUUCAUCGUGGGCAAGAGCGGGUCUGGGAAGAGCACACUUAGUAGUAUGCUGAUGAGAUUCUAUCAUCCCCAUGCCGGAGCCAUAUUCAUCGACGACAAUGCUUUGGGAGACAUUGACACAACUUGGCUCAGAAACAAUAUCACUCUUGUGCAGCAAGAUUGUAUGCUUUUCAAUGACACGAUUUUCAGAAACGUUGCUCUUGGGCAACGCGAUGUCGAUCGAGUUACAGAGGCUCGAGUAAAUGAAUGCCUUAGAAUGGCAGCUUUGGACCAGACCGUGGGGCAACUUCCUGAAGGCAUUCAUACGAGAGUUGGUACAGGUGGCUCAUCUCUCUCCGGAGGACAAAAGCAGCGGAUUGCUAUUGCACGUGCUUGUCUGAGAGACACACCGAUAAUGAUACUGGACGAGGCAACAAGUGCUCUGGACAACUUGAACAAGACAACCGUCAUGAAAUCCAUUCUAGAGUGGCGACGUGGAAAAACCACCAUCAUUAUUACACAUGAUAUGAGUCAGAUACAAGAGAGCGAUUUUGUGUACGUCAUGGAAAGCGGUCGGGUCGUUCAGGAAGGUCGUCGUGGGAGCCUCACCGGUUUCAAAAGUGCCAUGACUGAUCAGGGAGCUCACGCAAAGCAGCUGACAAUCGGACGAGUCAAUAGUCCUAGCCAAGCCACAUCACAUCCUAGUCUGGCGGACUCACUAAAGUCGACCAUUCCAAAAUCGCCCCACAGAAGCGACUCGUUCGACUUCGAGACCGUAACAAGCCCACACAGCAACAACUUCGGAAAUGUUGAGUACUCUCGAGAUGGAGGGCUACUUGGACAUCGGCUGAGGCAAGGUCUCUCUUCAAGUACUGGGGCUGCACUGAAUCUUCUCAAACGACGAUCGAUGGCUCGUGCAAAAGUUAUGUACAAUCUGGAUCAAAGAAAGACGACUCGACAUGACCCAGCGAUUCUGCCAUCCAUAACUCCCGCCAGCACCGGAGUCACUGUGCGCAAAUCCACUUCCCUGCCAGCCACUCCGAAGACCCCGAGGACCUGGAACAAACCGUUGCCUAUACCACCUCUGAGAUUCACCGUUGAAAGCAGAAGUGCAGACCGCGAUGUCAUGAACACAACCCCUGGCGAAGCAGCGGAAGAAAAACGCCAACCAACCGCUUCAAUCUUCACAGUAUUGCUUACACUAUGGCCCAGCCUCGAUAAUGCUAGGCGAUCCAAACUGCUUCUUGGAUUCCUGGCAACGCUGAUUCAUGCAGGAGCCACUCCAGCGUUCUCUUACUCCCUCGUGCAAGUUUUUGAUACGUAUUACUUGCCGACAGGCUACGAGAGGAAAACCUUGGUCUACUCGAUGGUCGUCGUUGGAAUCGCCAUCGCCGAUGGCCUAGCGUGUUUCUUCAUGCAAUAUCUUCUCGAUUCUGCAAGUCAAUCAUGGGUGGAUGCGCUCAGAAUCCAGGCAGUGCAACGCAUUCUACGUCAACCUAAAGCCUGGUUCGACGAAGACCAUAACAAUCCUGCAGCUCUCGUAGCGUCACUUGAUAAGAAUGCGGAAGAGGUUAAGGACCUUGUGGAACGAUUUGCGGCCCAGCUCCUCGUCGUUGCGGUUAUGAUGACUGUGGCCGUCAUAUGGUCGAUGUUCUCCUGCUGGAAGAUCACAUUGGUCAGUCUUGCGGCCUCCCCGGCGCUCUAUGUUCUGGCAAAGUGUUUUGCAAUUGUCUCUGCUACGUGGGAAUCACGAACGAGCUCAGCUAGUGACGGGGUCAAUGAAGUAUUCGCCGAAUGUUUCGCAGACAUCAAGACAGUUCGAUCACUCACUCUGGAAUCGUACUUUCACAUGAAGUAUCGCAACGCCACCCGUGAAGCCUUUUCCACAGGCGUUCAACGGGCUAUUUUCAGCGGCUUCUUCUUCGGCCUCUCCGACUGCGCCAUCGCCUUUUUCACGCCCAUGAUUCUCUGGUACGGCGCUCGCCUCGCGAAAGAUUACGAAUAUCCGGUCAACUCUAUAUUUGCUGUAUUCGGGCUCCUUUUAUUUUGUACUGCCAAUGCAACUGCAGUGCUCACGUACAUACCUCAGACCGGCUCAGCAGCCGAUACCGCCAGUCGCCUUAUUCGGCUUGCCUUUAUGCAGGUCAACUCUCACGAAGAAGUUGGGAAAGUUCAACUCGACAGAGACGACCCAACCACUCUUUCGGGCCCAAUCCACUUCAUCAAUCUGACGUUCUUCUACCCGACCCGACCAGAGGUAGCGGCACUUCGCAGGCUGAAUCUCACCAUUCCCUCGGGGAGAACCACCGCGAUAGUAGGGGCCUCGGGCUCGGGAAAAUCGACCGUUGUGUCUCUCCUUCUGGGUCUCUACCCCCCCACGGCUGAUCAUCUCGCCCUGUCCCCUUCAAACCCCUGGGAAGGCCCGGCGUCUCUCACGCUGUCCGGCCGCGAUAUCCGAUCACUGGACCUCUCGUCCCUCCGGUCCCUGAUCGCCGCCGUCCCCCAGUUUCCUGUGCUCCUUCCGGCAACCGUGCGAGAGAACAUCACAUACGGCCUCCCCCCUGACUCCCCUUGGGCGUCUGCAACUCGCAUCGAAUCCGCUGCCCGCGGCGCCGAGAUCCACGAAUUCAUCCAAUCCCUCCCGCAGGGCUACGCCACCGUCGUCGGAGACGGCGGCCUCGGCGUUUCGGGCGGGCAAGCACAACGCAUCGUCAUAUCGCGCGCGCUCCUCCGCGACCCCAAGGUCCUCAUCCUCGACGAGGCGACCAGUGCCUUGGACCGGGAAAGCGCGGCGGCCAUCCGUGAGAGUGUCGCGAGACUGGCUCGGGAGAAAAGAGGCAAGUUGACCGUCGUCGUGGUCACGCAUGCGCGGGAGAUGAUGGAGAUCGCGGAUCAUGUCGUGGUCAUGGAGGAGGGGAGUGCGGUAGAACAGGGCUCUUUUCCGGAGUUGAUGAGCAGGAGGAAGGGAGGGAAAUUGUGGGCGCUACUGAAUGCUGGAGAUGAUGACGCGAGUUAG